AUGCCCUCCCCCUUUCCUUCCCCCCAUCCCCUCCUCCCCUUCCUCCUCCUCAUAAGCACACUCCCCUCCCUCCCGCACGCACGAGAACUCACCUUCCCGGCUCUGCUGCCCCAGCACCAGCACCAGUUCCCCCAAUCCCUCCAACAACAACAACCCUACGCAGCCUUCGGCAAUGGAGGGCAGCAGCAGCCACCAUUCCAGUUCCCACACCACGCCUUCGCGGGCCUGGCCACCUUCGCAAACACGGCGUACGUGGACUGUCUUGCCGGCGGUGGGGGUGGGGGUGGGGGUGACGAGGGGAAAGAGGUCGAGAUCGAGGGGUUUGAUAUCGCGUUCCUAGGCGCUGGGUUCGAUACCGGCGUCACGGCCAGGCCUGGCGCGCGGUAUGGGCCGAGAGGCAUACGCUGGGGCUCGAGCCGGAUGCAGCCGGAUGGGUAUAGUAUCUAUACGGGCAAGAACUCUUACGGCAGCUGGGCCAAGGUCGUCGACUGCGGCGACGCGCCGCUGACGUUUCUGGAUAACACGGUUGCGCUGAAGCAGCUCGAUUGGGCACAUAAAGUGGUUGCGAGCCGGACGACCAACUCGAGCGUCUACACGACGCCGCGAAUCAUCACCCUCGGCGGCGACCAUACCACCACGCUGUCAGCGCUGCGGUCGACACGCGAGAAGUGGGGGCCCGUCAGUGUCAUCCACUUUGACAGCCAUAUAGAUACUUGGGAUCCGGAAGUGCUUGGCGGCGGGAUAUCCCACUACGCCGGCGUGAACCACGGAACCUUUCUUCACAUUGCGCAUGAAGAAGGCCUGAUCCGGAACACGUCGAUCCAUGCGGGCAUUCGCGCGCCCGUCACGCGCCGCAAGGGCGACGUGCGCAAUGACAUCAGAUGCGGCUUCGACAUGAUCAAGGCCAGAGAGCUCGAUCGGAUCGGCAUCGAUGGCGUUAUCGAGCGCCUGAAGAAGAGGGUCGCCGGAUCUAGGGUGUAUAUCAGCGUGGAUAUAGACGUGCUAGACCCAGCUUUUGCGCCGGCUACCGGCACUGCCGAACCCGGUGGGUGGUCGACCCGCGAGCUGCUGAGCAUCAUCGACGGCCUGACGGAUCUGGACGUCGUCGGCGCAGACGUUGCGCCGAUUUACGAUAACCCGGGCGAGACGACAGUCUUGGCGGCGGCGCAGGUGGCUGAUUCGCUGCUGGCGCUCAUGGUGCAGAGGCCUGUCAAGAGCUAG